AUGUCUGAAUCCGAUUAUCAAGAAAUUCCCAAUCGUCCGUGGCAAAAAUCGACACUUAUCGAGCAAAACAAUAAGAACGAUCAUGUAAUUAUUACAAUCAGUCCGUCUCAAUUCCGUUCACUAUUAUCAUCACCUAAUGCUAGUAUGGCUUUGGCUCGUCACAUUGUCAGUUAUGUUCUUCAUCAAAUCUCCGUAUCAGAUAUUAUUAUUCUCAUUGCUGAUGAAAUUCAAAAAUACAAUGUUGCAGUAUUUGAACAUAAAAAUGCACAAAGUUCUCUUAAAACAGCCAAAGCACAAGGGGAAAAAAUAUCUAGUUUAUUUUCCCGAGUACGUGCUGACCUAUCACUGGAUGAUUCUCAAAAAAUAAAAAUCAUACACUGGGAAGAUAUGGUUUCAUCAAGUAAUUACGAUGCACGUGUUCAACAUAUCCGUCAAUAUAUCGACAAUAAUCAAUCCCAAUGCAUUCCAUUGAUUGACGUGGUGUGUAAUGAAUACGCUCGAGCACGUAAUCCGAACAAGAACCUCAAGCAGAAAAAUCUUUUUUUCUUGCGUGAGUAUGUAAUGCAUGAAUUACCUGCAUUACUCGAUGGAAUUGAAUAUGGAGGAAAUACAUACAAAUUUAUGCUUCAUCCAGUGUUGAAAACGAACAGUUACAACGGAUAUGAUCAGCGUGAAGCAAUGGUCAAUUUACUUAACUAUAUGCGAGAAUAUUAUUUACCGUCAACUGAAAAUCCAACUUUGAUUUGCCAUAUCUUUGACAUCGAGUUUUCAAAUGCAUUGAUUGCUACCAAUGACGAAUCACAAACUGAUCCAUCAGAUUCUUCAACAACAACUCAAUCUGAUUUAGAUUGUGAGCGACCAGAAACAUCGAACACAUCGAUCCAAAACAUCGACAUCAUUUCUGGUCAUCUAUGGUUAACCUUAAUUAUGCUGUUAGCAAUAUUAUUUAUUAAUCGCUUCUGGUUACCCAUAUUUUGCGUCAGUGUGGCUACCUGUAGUCUGUUAUAUCUUUAUAUGUUAUUAAUACAACAAAUAUCAAAACGUGGGCAAUGGCUGUCAACUUCAACUGAGCAAUCGAUUUUGGGUACCGACUAUUGUUCAUUUUUUGGAGAUUUACCGGCUAUUCAAGAGUGUCAAAAUGGCUAUUUUUUAUACAAUUUGCGAAUUGAGUUAGGCCGUCCCCGUGCAUAUCGAAUUUGGAUGGGCCCAGAACCGGCUUUGAUGUUAGCUCAUCCUCAAUCGGUUAAAGACUUCUGGGAACAACAUAAAGAGAAAGAAGUUGAACGCGAUGUUCAUCUUGGCUGGCCAUUAGAAAUGCUUAUGAGUCAUGGUGUAGGAUUUCGUUCCAUGGAUGAUCGAAGUCGAAUUACAAAAUAUUUUCACAACUGUUUUGGAUCGAGUCAAGUUCGAUGCUUUGAUAAACACUUAGAAACAACAAUUAUGAAUUGGUUUCAUCAAUCUAAUGAUUUGACUUCUUUAAAUUAUAAAGACAUCAAAUAUUUAGCACAUGAUGCAGGUGUACAUCUAUUUCUCGGCCCAAUUGGCUUUGAUCAUUUAAAUGAACUACACUCGUUAGUUGAUCAACUUGGAGAAUUAAUGACAGAAGCGUUUGAUGCUCGAUGGACUAAUUUACCUGUUAUUGGCUAUUAUUUCUUACCAAGAUCUUAUAAAUUAAGAAAACGUAUUCGUCGAUUUAAUCAACAAAUUCGAAAUGUUCUUUUGAAGAUUAUCAAUGCUUAUCGUCUAACUCCUGAUAACGACGACGAAAACGAAAAUAUUUCUCUUUUAGCACGUUUUGCACGAGAUGCUAAUCCUUCAAUUACAUUUGAUGAGUUAACUGACACAAUUGUAGAAGGUUUAUUGGCACCAAACGACGGUACUGCUGGAACAUUUAUGUAUACAUUAUUACUACUGGCAAUGAAUCCACAUAUUCAAAAUAACGCCAGAGAAAUGCUUCAAAAUGCGCAAGAUCUCACAUUAAAAUCUAUCGAAAAUUUCAAAUAUUUGGAUCAAAUUCUAAAUGAAUGUCAACGUUUAUUUCCUAUUUUUAUGUUUAAUGUGCCUGAAUUUGCAAGUCAAGAAAUGACAGUCAGUGGUGUACGUAUACCAAAAAAUACUAUGGUCAUGUUAGAUGUGAUGUCAUUGAAUCGUAACGAGGAGACAUGGGGACCAGAUCCAUUAAGUUUUCGUCCGGAGCGUUUCGAUCCACCCGUUUCACCGAUGACAAUCAAAUCUUAUCAUGGAUUUGGUAAUGGUCACUUUCGACGAUGUCUUGGCCAAUACAUGAUUAAGAGUUUACAUAAACUCUUUCUUGUCCAUCUUUUAACUCGAAAACAAGUACAACUACAUACCAAUAUUGCAAGUAUCAACGAAAUCGAGAGAUUUCGUUUGCCAUUUAUUUACAUCCCUAAUCAAUCAGUGAAACUUCUACAACUAUAA